AUGACUCUUCAAUCAUCCAAUUUGAAUCUUAUCCCACCCAAAACAACCGAAAACAAACAAGGACACACAGAAAACAUUUUUAAACAAAUUACCGUAUUAAAGAAAUCCGACAGUCGACGUUUAUGCGUCACAUCACAUAUUGAUAAAUCUCUUCCUUACACCUACAAUCUAGCUUAUGGAACUUGCAACUAG